CAGUUUCCAACUCUUCCAGCCGCAAUUGCUCCACCUGCCGCUCCCUCUUAACAAAGCACCAGAAGGUGGUGGCUCUAAUGGGGUCCCACCCCGUUUUAUUUACCUCGCAACCCCGGUCUCACCCUCUGUCCCCCGCGUACUGCUUCAUCAUACUCUGUUUUUAACCCUAGCGCGAUGUACAGCUCUGAUCACAGCCCAUUGUAAGGGAAGCCUACUGAAAAAUACCUCGAGUAAAUACUGAGGAUCUUCAAAAUGCAACUGUUUUAUUGACCGUUCAGAGCUGACGUUGACACCGGAGAGAAUAGUGAAGAUGGGCUGCUGCUCGGGGAGGUGCAUGUUGAUGUUCUUCUGCACUUUUCAACUGAUCACUGCUGUGGAGAGACAGGUGUUUGAUUUUCUAGGUUACCAGUGGGCGCCUAUCCUUGUCAACUUCUUGCACAUCAUUGUGGUGAUAUUGGGCUUGUUUGGGACAGUCCAGUAUAAGCCCCGUUAUGUAGUUUUGUAUAUAGUCUGGACCAUGUUUUGGGUGACUUGGAAUAUCUUUAUCUGUUGCCUUUAUCUAGACCUCGGAGGGCUGUCAAAGGACAGCGAUUAUAUGUCACUGGGACUUUCAUCUCAUCGUUCAUGGUGGAAGGACAAUGGUCCGGGCUGUGGGAACAGAAACCUCCCGACCACUAGAUGGCAGCAUUUGGACAGUCCUGCUUUUGUCUCCGAACUAAGCUGCUUGUUAGAGUAUCAGUACAUCGAGGUUAUGCACAGUGCCCUCCAACUGUUCAUUUCUGCCUUGGGAUUUGUAUUUGCCUGCUAUACCGUCAGCAUCUUCAGUGAAGAGGAAGACACAUGUUUAUUUGUAUAAGUGACAGUGUCCAGAUGUCAACAUUGAGAGGGGAAAGAGAUAGCAGGAAAGGACUUCAAGCUUUGAAAGUAGUGAAAACAGAAACCAGUUCAGAUGGAUUUUAAAUAUUUAUAUAUGUAUAAACAUAAUCAUACACAAAAAUUUCGAAAAUAAAACUGAUGCACCCAAACUCUGCCCUUACAAACUUCUUGAAACUUUCAACCCCUUUCAACACCUUGGAACUACAAGACACAAGGCAUCUGUAUAGCUAUCCAAGCCAAAGCAUACAGACAUUAACCCCACACGAUUUUAUGCUUACAUAUUUAUUGUAUUUUUUUUUAGGAGCUGAUUUUUCUGUAAAACAUUUUCAUGACUGACUUCUUGCUACCUCUGGCAAUUCUGUCUUUUUUAUUUUGAAUCUGUUAAAUCUGUGACUUCUAAUGUUGUACAUUUUUGUUUAAAUCAGAGGACUUUAAACAAUGCAGAGAUUUCUUUAACUUCAAUGGUUUAAUGUUGAAGAUUAAAUGAAGAAGAAUGAAUUGUUUUACAUGCACUUGUUUUAGACUAAUAACGUUACCAUAGCUGCCAACUUUUGAGUUUAGCUUGGAGUGAGACUUCGCCAACGGUGUGUGUGUGUUGGGGUUGUCCUGUUUCUAGAUUAGGAUGCUCUCUGCACAUGCACAUGCAAGAUCUAUUGUUCGCUUUCCAUCUCUGCCGUGCGUGCGCGGCGCAACACGGUUUGGAGCACAGUCUCUGCCUCGCGUACACAUUCGCUUUAGAUUCCGGGAGAUUUUAACUAAUUUGCGGCAUAACUAGUCGAUCACGAGUGGCUCAACAGGUAUAUCCAUAGAUAAAAUCUUUCUGGCAUAUAACCAACAGGUGUUGUGUCGAAUUUUGACCCCCUGAUUGCCUAAUCAGGUACUGACUUCAAUUCCCUAAUCCUACCCCUCCCCCACAAAAUAAUUUGGCGGGGGUCAAAAUUCGAGAUUUCGACCGAAUUUCGCCCCUUCUCGAAUUUCACCUUACACAUAUCCAAGCCUACCCAUCUCUGCCCCCUGAUCCCUAACCCCACCCCUAAUCCUAACCAUCUCCACCCCUUAUCUGGAUCCAACUCCGCCCCCUGGAUCUCAUGUCCUGCAAUGAGGUGCUACUGGAAUUUAGCACGACCGGCAGAACACCUGGUUAACACUAGCGUGUGGCAUGUGAGCGUGUGAAACCAAUCAAAUGAGUCUUACGGCCAAGGUCAAGAGUGAGAGUUGGCAGAUAUGUAGUAGCCUACAGAGCAAAAUACUGUUUAUUUUUUAAUGAUCAAUAUUAUGUCUCCUUUACUACCAGUAACACAGGACAUAUUUGUGUCAGUAUGGGAGAGAGAGCAAUUAUAAUAAAUGCAUGUAGUGGUCUGUAUCAGUGGCCCAAAGAAAAACGUUGUAGCACAUAGAACAUCAAACCUCAUUUUGUAAAAGUAAAUAAUAAAAUAUUUACUGAAUCCUGUA